AGACGCAGGCCGGGGAAGAGGAAGGGGACGGGCCACUUCCGCCACUCUAUGGUUAGCUACAACAAAAGUGGCUGGCUAGAGGAGUCGGAGCCACCCCCGCCCCCGGGGGGGGAGUGGGGGGGCGCUCUAGGACCUCGCGUUUGUGAUGGCGGGGUCACGAAGUUGCGGUCGGCUUUUGCUCCGUGAGGGCGCCGUGGGGUCCGGCACCGGCACGCGUCCCCGGAUACCACCACGGUGGGCGUGGGAUGAAAUGUCAACCCCGGACGCCGGCUGUGGGAAGCGCCUUGGGCUUGCACAUCCAUGACUACUUAUACUUCCAAGUGCUGAGUCCUGGGGACAUUCGAUACAUCUUCACAGCCACGCCUGCCAAGGACUUUGGUGGUAUAUUUCACACGAGGUAUGAGCAGAUUCACCUUGUUCCUGCUGAACCUCCGGAGGCCUGUGGGGAACUCAGUAACGGCUUCUUCAUCCAGGACCAGAUCGCUCUGGUGGAAAGGGGGGGCUGCUCCUUCCUCUCCAAGACCAGGGUGGUACAGGAGCAUGGUGGGCGGGCUGUGAUCAUCUCGGACAAUGCAGUUGACAAUGACAGUUUCUACGUGGAGAUGAUCCAGGAUAGUACUCAACGCACAGCUGACAUUCCUGCCCUCUUCCUGCUCGGCCGAGAUGGCUACAUGAUCCGACGCUCUCUGGAACAGCAUGGGCUACCAUGGGCCAUCAUCUCUAUCCCAGUCAAUGUCACCAGUAUCCCUACCUUUGAGCUGCUGCAACCUCCCUGGACUUUCUGGUAGAAAAGCUGACCCCAAGUUCCAGCUACAGGUGAUUCACUGGCAAGAGGAAACCUAAUAUUCUGCCAUUUGGAGUUUGGAGAGAGACUCUGAGGACAAGUGGAGCCAGGGAGGGGACAGGGAAGCCACACCACUGGCUUUCCCUUCCUUAGGGCCUAUAAGGACAUCUCAUGCUCCAAUAAGAGACAAGAACCAGACCCAAGGCUUCUGGCUACAAUCGGAACAAAAGGUGCUGAAGGCAGGCGGCCUGGUCAUCUGCAGUUUGUCACACACGACCAGUUUUAGCCUCCCACAGCAAGGACUUCCUCACAGUAACCCUUGUAGCUGUUGCUGGAGUGGCUUAAAGAACUGGUAUUCUAAGGAUCCCCCUACUUUUUAGCAAUAAAGCUAAAUAAAGCUCAUCAGGUUUGUACCUGUA